GUUUGUUUGGCCAAACAUCGCCGCAGGUAGUUUAUUAACGAUAACGACUGUCAUCCGAGUGUUUAAAGAUUGCUUGAUGCUUAAGUGUGAUUUAUACUUGUAAGAAUGGAAAGUAUAAAAACGUUUCUAAGCUUUAACAAUUGUUACUCAAGUUUCUAACAUAAUAUGUAACUUCUUCAAGCUAUAAAUCAUUAGCUUAGCAACUAUAGAAAAAAUUCAGGUAGUCGUAACCUAUCGUGUGUGACAGAUUGUUUAAACGUGUAUAUGCUCGGGCAAGAAAUCGUAUUUUUAUGGAAUAUAAGAAAUUAAUUUUUAGUGAAACAUUCCUGGAAAUCAAGGUAUCCAUAAAUUAAUCUAAUAUCAAAAAGGUGCUGCGUCUCACGAAUAAGUUGUAUUGAUUCAUUUAUUAAGAUAUACGCACGUAUUUACGCGAGAAAUCAAAUGCUACAGUGAACCGUCUUAGAACUACUUUGGGCAAAAUUUCUGUUAAAGAGUUCAUCGCGAGAUGUGCAGCAAGUUAUAUUAUAUCAAGAAUGUAAGUUAUACUUAGCAAUUUAGUUUAGAGAUUACAUGUUCUGGGAAAUGUGUAAUAAAUCAUUUUCAAGAGGCAGUGUUUAAAAGAGCACAUACAGAUCCUUAUCGAACACAAACCUCAUGUGUGUGAAACUUGUAAGAGUUCAUUUAGUUGAAAAGGUAAUUUAAACAUGCAUAUGCUAAUUCACAUAGAACAGUAGCCUGAUAUGAUUGAAGUAGGUAAGAAGACAUAUAGGUAAAUGAUUAAUUUAGAGUAGCAUUUGCUUAUUCACACAAGAGAGAAACUAUAUAUGUGUGAAGUGUGCAAGAAAUAAUUUUGCCAAAAGGGCAAUUUAAACAAGCAUAUGCUUAUUAACACGGGAGACAGACUUCAUACGUGUGUGAAGUAUGGAAAAAGUCAUGUUGUGAGAACUUUAAUUUAAACAUGAACAUAUUUACUCACACAAGAAAGAAAUGUUAUGCAUGUGAAGUAUCUAAGAAGUCUUUACGUCAUAAGCAUGGUUUAAACAGCCAUAUGCUUAUUCACACUGCAGAAAAACUUUAUAUGUGUGAAGUUUGUAAGUACUCCUUUAAACACAAGUGUAGUUUAAUCGCUCAUAUGCCUAUUCACACAGGAGAGAAACCUCAUGUGUGUGAAGUAUGUAAGCAGUCAUUUAGACAGAAGGGUCAUUUAGACAAUCAUAUGAUUAUUCACACAGGAGAGAAGCCUCAUGUGUGCGAAGUAUGCAGGAAGUCAUUUAGUCGGAAGGGUGGUUUCACGAGUCAUAUGCUUAAUCACACAGGAGAAAAGCCUUCACUUCUGUGUGAAGUAUGUAAGAAGUCAUUUAAUCAGAAGAGUGCUUUAAACAGCCAUAUGCUUAUUCACACAGGAGAGAAACUUCAUGUGUGUGAAGUAUGUAAGAAGUCAUUUAAUCAGAAGAAUACUUUAAACUGGCAUAUGCUUAUUCACACAGGAGAAAAGCCUUCACAUGUGUGUGAAGUAUGUAAGAAGUCAUUUAGUAAGAAGAGUAAUUUAGCCAUUCAUAUUCUUAUUCACACAGGAGAGAAACCUUAUGUGUGUGAAGUAUGUAAGAAGUCAUUUAAUCAAAAGAAUACUUUAAACAGGCAUAUGCUUAUUCACACCGGAGAGAAACCUCAUGUGUGUGAAGUAUGUAAGAAGUCAUAUAGUCGAAAGGGUCAUCUAGAUAGUCAUAUGCUCAUUCACACAGGAGAGAAGCCUCAUGUGUGUGAAAUAUGUAAGAAGUCAUUUAAUAAGAAGAAUACUUUAAACAGACAUAUGCUUAUUCACACAGGAGAGAAACCUCAUGUGUGUGUAGUAUGUAAGAAGUCUUAUAGUCGAAAGGGUCAUUUAGAUACUCAUAUGCUUAAUCACACAGGAGAGAAACCUCAUGUGUGCGAUGUAUGUAAGAAGUCAUAUAGUCGAAAGGCUCAUUUAGAUAACUCAUAUGCUUAUUCACACAGGAGAGAAACCUUAUGUGUGUGAAGUAUGUAAAAAGUCAUUUAGACAGAAGCUUUAUUUAAAUAGACAUAUUCUUAUACACACAGGAGAGAAACCUUAUAUCUGUGACGUAUGUAAGAAGUCAUUUAGUCAAAAGGGUCAUUUAUGUACUCAUAUGCUUAUUCACACAGGAGAGAAGCCUCAUGUUUGUCAAGUAUGUAAGAAGUCAUUUAGUCAAAAGAGUAGUUUACAUAAUCAUAUGCUUAUUCACACAGGAGAGAAACCUCAUGUGUGUGAAGUAUGUAAGAAGGCAUUUAGUCGGAAGGGUAUUUUAACCAGUCAUAUGCUUAUUCACAUGAAAAAUACUCAUGUGUAAAAAGUCCUUGUGAAGAAUGCAAGAAGUCAUUUAGUCAGAAAGUUAAAUUUAGCAAUUAUAUGCAUAUUCACAAUGCAGAGAUAACUUGUGUAUGAAGUAAGUAAAAAUUCAUUUUUAGUAUAGGAUGAGUAAAAUAUGCAUAUCCACAGAGAGAAAUUUCCCUCUUCAUAUAUCUAACAAUUCGUUUUGGGAGUGGAAUAAUUUGAAGAAUUAUAUAUUGACCUACACAAGAAGAGAAACCUUUUGCCUUUUGAGGGGAUAUUAAAUUAGUAUCAUCCUUUAAUUAUCAGUGCAGUAAUGAUUUGUCCAGCAGCAAAGAGACCUCAUUUUUUGAGGGUGAGUGAGUUUCGACAGACGUCGGUAUUUAGUGGUAGCAGUAUCCUUGGAAUUUAGAGAGGCAUUCAGUAGCACAGUUUUAGAUUUAAAGUCAUUAUAAUGUGUGAUAUAAAAUGUAUUGCUGACUCUUUGUGCAGUUUGUAAAUUACCAUUUGAUACAAAUAAGACUAAACCAUUUAUUUCUUUCUAAAAACUUUCAUUUCUGCAAGAUAUAUCUCAAGUCUGUUUUAAGUAAUGUUAACUUGAAGCUACAUUUGCCGCUAUCCUGUCUUAAAAGAUUCUAAUAGCUGCUUAUACCAAUUUUGAUUAAAAAGCUCUUAUACAGAAUUUGACUUGAUAUGUUUUGCAUUUCAUCCACCUUUUCCCAAAACACUGGAUUGCAAUUUUCACAGUUUUGAAUAAUUCGUAUGUGUUCAAUGUUACAUGUGUGACCUACCAAAAUGCAUUCUGUUGAUCAUAUGCUUGGUACCACUUUGAUAUACUUCUGAUACUGCGAUUCUGAAGCAUGGCUAAAUAUUUCAUCCCAUAUGGGUUUUAUUGUGAUGAAAUAUUAAAGACCUGCAGUUAAAUUACAUAGUUCAAUUUCUUUACAUCGUUUAUAGAUAUGUAGAGGUAUUGUCAGGAAAUAUCAUUCUCAGUAUUACAAUCCAGAUGCAAUAUCAAAUGUGUCAAGUAUAUAACAUUCAUAAGGCCAGUGUAGGGUUGUAAUAUUUUAUACUCAUAAAGGAAAAUGAGGUCUCAAAUAUAUUCAGUCAUAUCCUCGACAUACCAAGUAGAGCAACCUGAUGAGAGUGAAGUACCUAAGAAAACAUUUGAAGGAAUGAGUGACUAUGGAUAUAUUGUUUCCA